AUGGCGUGGGGAAUGCGAUCACUUCCACCACCUAACCCAUUCCGCGACCCAUCGAUGAAAAACGCCUUCGAAAAAAGCGACGAGAACAGUGAGGAUCAAAACGACGAUAACAAUGAGGAUCAAAGUGACGAUAACAAUGAGGACCAAAGUGACGAUAACACUGAGGACCUCCCGCAAGAAACCCAGCCGAGCAUCCAAGAAAACCCAAGACACAUUAUCUAUCGCGCUGCCGACCUGAACACGACUGCUUUAUCCACCAUCAGAUACGCCCAGAAACGCAUGAACGAACUAGGACUCUGCGAGAACCUGGAUGAAUUUAACUACUUCACUCUCUUCAACGAACUCCUCGAGACUACGCAAAAACAAGUAGAGACCAGUGAGGUACUGCAGAAGGCAUUGGAAACCGCAACUGAGGAAAAGAGAGCCUUGGUAGCUCAGCUCGAUGAGGUUGCGAAAAAACAAGUAGUCAUCAGUGAGGGAAUGAAGGAAGCAUUUGAAGUCGCGAGGGAGGAAAUGCAGAAAGCUUUGGAAAUCGCGCGGGGGGAAAAGAGGGCUUUGGAAGCUGAGCUCGGCGAGGUUCAGGGGAUUCUGGAGGUGCUCUAG